AACAACUCAAGGAAAAGUUGCAGAGAAGACUUCUAAAGCUGAGAAGUCGGUGCAAGAUCAGCAAAGUGGAGCCUACAAGUGGACCCUGGCUAAGAUAGAAUACUUAAUAGAUAUUAUCUGCUUAAAUGGUCUGCGGCAUCUGACAAUGAAAUGACCAAUGUCAGCUGGAAAGAUUAUUUCGGUAGCUUGAAAGUGGAUAUUCUCCACGUUUUUAACUUUCGACUGCUCAGAGGGAUUUAAGUGCUGGCAUUUAGUUCUGUAUAAGAUAAAUUAUCAAGAUAAUAUGGUGUAUCUGGGAGAAGGCAGAUGGACUCAUAUGUUCCCUUUUCUCAUAGCAUCAUUUGUAUAUUCUGGUAAUGCUGAAUAUUCUAAUUGUGGUGAAAAUGAGUAUUACAAUCAGACAACCGGAAUGUGCCACGAGUGUCCACAGUGUGAACCAGGAGAAGAACCUUAUAUGACAUGUGGAUAUGGCACUAGAGAUGAAGACUAUGGCUGCAUCCCAUGCCCAUCAGAAAAAUUUUCUAAGGGUGGAUAUCAUAUUUGCCGGAGACACAAAGAUUGUGAAGGUUUCUUUCGGGCAACAGUGAUGACACCUGGAGAUAAAGAAAAUGAUGCUGAAUGUGGGCCUUGUCUCCCUGGCUAUUAUAUGUUAGAAAACAGGCCUCGGAAUAUUUAUGGGAUGGUUUGUUACUCAUGUUCAAUGGCACCUCCAAACACUAAAGAAUGCACAGGGGUUACUUCUGGUGUGUCAGCCAGUUUCCCAAGUACUUCUGGCACAAGUACUCAUUCUCCUUUUCAACAUGUGCACAAAGGAGAUCUUUCUGGACAAGGGCAUCUGGCGACUGCUCUCAUCAUUGCCAUGUCCACUAUUUUCAUAAUGGCUAUUGCUAUUGUGCUGAUCAUCAUGUUUUACAUUAUGAAAACGAAAACUUCAGCUCAAGCAUGCUGCACCAGCCAGCCAGUGAAGACGGUAGAAGCCCAGGCCAACGUACAGGAAGAAAAAACAGAAGCCCAAGAAAAUGGAAAAAUUUUCUCUGAGAGAGAUGAAUUUGGAAAAUUGACAGCAACUCCAGCUAAGGUUGUCAAGAGUGAAAAUGAUGCUUCUUCAGAGAAUGAGAGGCUUUUAAGUCGCAGCAUGGACAGCGAUGAAGAAGCUGCAAUUGACAAGCAAGGAACUCCAGAAUUGUGUUUGUUGUCUCUGGUACAUUUGGCUCGAGAUAAAUCUUCAACAAACAACAAAUCAACCGGAAUACAAAGCCGGAGAAAAAAGAUACUCGACCUAUACACUAAUGUAUGCAAUGUGGCAGAAGGCCUCAGUCCCACAGAGCUGCCCUUUGAUUGUCUGGAAAAGACCAGCAGGAUGCUCAGCUCCACUUACAACACUGAGAAAGCCAUUGUGAAGACGUGGCGCCAUCUUGCUGAGAGCUUUGGAUUGAAGAGGGAUGAAAUUGGUGGCAUGACAGAUGGCAUGCAAGUCUUUGACCGCAUCAGCACAGCUGGGUAUAGUAUCCCAGAACUACUGACAAAACUAGUUCAGAUUGAGCGAUUGGAUGCCGUAGAGUCUCUCUGUGUAGACAUCCUAGAGUGGGCACAAGUGAUGCCCAAGCCUGAUCCAACUGUGACCUCCUGACUUGCAUUUUUGUGGUUUUCAUUUCCAGACAAUGAUGAGGUGAUUGAAAUAACAAAGGGAUUCAGAAGGAGAUAAACUUUUGAAGCUUCUGUAGCUUUUGUUUCAGUAUCGUUUUUGCUAUUGAAACAAUAAAAAACAACCACCACCAAGGUUUUUGGUAUCAAAUACAAAGUGCUCAAACUGAAGACUAAUUCAACGAGACUUAUUUAUGUCCCCAAAAGAUAUUACAGUUCAUUUACAGUUCCAUUUACAAGCAUGGGAACAGAUCAAUCUACUAGUAUCAUUACUUGUUUUGAAGAAAUAUGGCUUAAUUUUGUUUUGGUCCUGGAUAAUGAAUAUGUCACAUCAAAAAUAGUGAUCUAUAUGAAAAUCUGUGCUGCUACAAGAAGUAUUUUUUGAAUUAUAAUUUUUCUCCCAUAUAUUAUGGAUUUGGGGGAGGAAAAAAUCCAUGCCUGUAGGUGAAGUUGGUUGAAUUAUCAUUAUUACAAGAUCUAUAGCUUUAUUCCAAUUUAUUAAAAUUGCAGCAAAUAAGAGUUUGUAUAUGUGGUCCAUACAAAAAGUUCAGCAAUAUUUUCACAGAUACUAGAAAGUACUUAUAAUAUAAGCAGAAUUUAUUUAUUAAUGGGAUAUUGCAUUUCAUAAACUUCUGAUCGGGACCAUCUUUUAUGCACUAGAACAAACAAAUGGGAACAUUUGUUAGUUCUUGAAAAGAGAUCAUUAAUGAGAGGCAGAAGCUAUGAAAGCUUCUGAAGACAAAUCUAUCAAAUUGUUCAACUUUAGAUGCAAAGGAAAUUAAUGACUGUUGAAACACUUUUAUGUUAUAGCAUUUAAAAAUAUUACAGAUUUCUUGACUAGAAUUGUUGCAGUCACCAACAGAAAUUUCUGUGGUAUGUUUAGUUUUCCUGUGAUGCUUUUAUUUUACCCAAAACCAUUUUUUCUGGACAGCUGUAAUAGGAACACGAAACAAUAGUAGUUAAUGAAGAAAUAUCUACUUUUGAUACAAGCACAGCUCCCUCUUAUAUUUGAAUGUAAUUCUUACAUAAGAAUUAUCAUUCUUAUGAUUAAUUUUUAAAUAAAUCUGGCUUAUAAUGCCUGAGCAAAUGAGAAUACUGCUCCCAAUUUCUCAUGCUAUGUGAAUUUGGAUGGAGUUUGGGCAUGUUUGAAGGUGUGUUUCAUUUAAUUCACCUUUUUCCCAGCUGGUGGGCCAUCUGUCAGAAGGACCUGUGUGCCAUGUGAAUUAAAUAUAUCACAAUCAUCAGGGCUUCUGCAAUGGAUGCAGUUCUUCAGAACUGGAGACUUUCUUUUCUGUCUAUAGGAUGUUGGAUUAAGUACCGACUGAUAAAACUGUAUUGCUCUAAAUUAUUUUAUUUAAUGUAAAGGUACUGAAUUUUCCAAUAUUAUUUAAAAUAACUGUAUACAUGUUUUAAUAUGAAAUCCAUGGAAGAACUGAUUAUAGGAACGUCAUAUGAACCCCUAAAGUUUGUUGUGAUGAUCUACAUUGCAUAGUUACGACGCCCAUUGGGGCCUUCAUCCUUUCUUGCCUAUCAUCAGCACUUGAGAAAUUUGGAUCAUUUGGAUCAGUUCCUGUGACCCAUCCUGAUAACCCCUUUUAUGCAAAAAAAGAGAGAAUAGUAACUAUUGAGCUUUAUCAUAGCAUAUCCCUAGUGUAAACACUGUGCCCUUGGAUACAGUGGCCUGUGGUCUUUAUUUAUAGAUUUGAAAGGAAUAGUCCCUCUUUUUACGCCAGGAAUCAUAACUACAGAGCCCAAGAGUUGGUAGAAAUUUAAUUAGCAAGUUUGUUAAUAUACCUAUCAGAAACUGCUAUGUUGACAGAUUUCAGUAAGUUAUUAUUAUUAAAAGAAACAACAUGCCUUUAAAACAUUUUUAAUUACAAGAAACAUGACUGAAUGAAAAUGCUAUAAAACUAUAAUUCAUGUUCAGGAAAAUAAUAACUAGGCCAACCCCCUAGUGCCUUCAUUCCAAAUAAGAAAAAUCAAAUUCUAGUCUAAUGGGGUCACUGAGAUGAAUAUUUAAUAUUGGUAUGUCUCAUGCAGCAUCCAGUUUGUUGGCCUAUGAGUUCUUGCAUUAAAAUAUAUUUUACUAUCUGCGAUGUGUCCUUUCUCCUCUGAAUAAUGAUAGAAUUAUUUCCUGUACUUAAUUUGCAAACACAAUAUUUGUUACAGUUCCUUUUUCCAAUGCAGCUGGAAGCAACCUUUAAAUCUAUUUUCGUAGAUACAAAUAAAUAGAAGUGUCAGAUUAGUACCUUGAAAAAGGAGAGGAAAUAACUUUGGGUUUUAUUCUAAGCCUCCACGGUCUAUAAUCUAGUGCACAGUAUGACUAUUCAGGUGGAUGCUGAGUGGAAACCUAAGCAAUGCCCAUGGAAUUAAUAUUUGCAAAUACCACAUAUUAACCAUUACAUCAUGAGAUGUUGUACGGCAGAAGAAGACCACCCACUGUGGUCUUCUCAACAUCUGCUCUAAGACAAUUAUCCAGAGGUAGGAGGCAAUUGUCAUAGCAGGUGGCAGGGUCUAGCCAAGCUUGGCUGAUCUUGAAUAGGCUAAGCAGAGUUGGGCCUUCUAGAUCGUAAAUAAUAAUAGGUGGAUAAAAAUGCCACAAUAAGACUUUGACAAGCUGGUUGUGUACUGUUGCUAAGAAAACCAGAUAAAUGUAUCAAGUAUACAUGCAUUAAAUUCUUUUUUUAAGAUGGUGACAUAAUAAAGUAAUCCCAUAGGUUCAUCGUUGUGAACUGGAUUUAAUUUUUAUUCCAUCUUUGUAGAAUCCACAAGCACUUUAAAAAAGAAAGAAAGAAAUACCUUUGGGUCAUAAUUUUGGGAUUAUAACAUACAAGAAUUUUGAUUGCUUAUUCUGCAUCUCCACAUAAAUGCAAUUCCAAACUAUAAAUAAUAAUUCAGAUCCCCACUUCCUACUGACAAAGUUAUCUUGGAGAAUUAAAGAAUUGCCAUUAGAUUUGUUUUGGUAAUUGUUUAAAAAUACAUGUUUUAUGUCUGGGGAAUAUCAAGGCUUUGAAAUCAACAGUACCAAUGUGAACAGAGGAAUAUUUAAUAUUUUGUUUAAAAUAGAAAGAAGCUUUUUACUGUAAUUUAAAAAGCAGCAAAAGGCAAGAUUAGUCCUGCAAUUCUUGAUAAAUAUUAUAACAAUUUUGUGUAAUUUUGUAUAUAUAACUUAUUGUUGCACAUUAUGCAAAAUAAAUAUGAUAAAAA